CGAGCCAGCAUUCGCACAGCAGCCUCAGAAGGCACGCGACAUCCUUGAGGCGACGGAGACUUGCGCGCGCGCAUUCGUUGCAAUACUACAGGGUGAUGAUGCUAUGCCGAUAGACCGAUUGUCGUGAUUUGUAUCGGACUUUUUAAUAGUGAAGUGAUUCCGUUAUAAAAAUGGGUUUAGACUUCUUAGAGCAUGGAGCGGACUUCGAAGCCGCUAUCUCGGCGACCGGCUUCGGUCGCUUCCACUUCUGUCUGCUCGCGAUCACGGGGCUGAUCUACGCAGACACCGCUAUCGGCAUCACUAUAGUAUCGUUUGUACUACCGGCUGCGACAUGCGACUUCCGAAUGACAUCGGCUGAUAAGGGAUGGCUUACUGCAGCGCCUAUGUUGGGUAUGGUUAUCGGCUCAUACUUCUGGGGCUGCUUGGCCGACACAAAGGGCCGUAAGAUCGUGCUAGUCUCCACGCUAUUGCUCGAUGGCUUCAUCGGCAUCGUGUCAUCGUUCGUACAAAUUCUACCCGUCUUCAUGGCGUGUAGAUUCGUUAACGGUUUUGCGGUCGCCGGAGCCAUGGGUAUCUGUUUCCCGUACCUGGGAGAGUUCCAAGCCACCAAGUACAGAGAGAAGAUCCUCUGCUGGAUGGAAAUGUUCUGGACGCUUGGUGUCAUCUUGCUACCACUCAUCGCCUGGGCCAUCAUCCCGAUCCAGGGCAUCCGCAUGGAAAGCGGCAGCUUCUCCUACGAUUCCUGGAACUGGUUCGUCGCAGCUUGCGGGAUCCCAUCCCUGAUGCUGGGCUUCUGGCUCAUGACCUUCCCGGAGAGCCCCAAGUUCAUGAUGGAGUGCGGGGACUAUGAUGAUGCACUGGCUUGCUUGAAGAGCGUCUACAAGCAGAACACCGGCGAUGACCCCGAUAACUACCCGAUCAAAAGCCUCAAGGAGAAACAGCGUACAAUUUCGGUGGCAUCGCAAAACUCCCAGAAAUCAGUCCGAUCACUGAGCAUGCGCAAGCGCAAGGACCUCAAGAGACUGUUUAGCGAGAUCUGGACUCAAACCAAGGCUUUGUGCAGGCCUCCCUAUCUCAAAUACACAAUACUCACAUGUCUUAUUCAGUUUGGCUUAACUACUAGCUACUACACGCUAAUGAUCUGGUUCCCCGAGUUGUUCAACCGCUACGAGGAGUUCGAGCACCGCUUCCCCAACACGUCGGCCUCAGUGUGCGACGUGUCCGGUGUCGUUGUGGACGACGACUCUAUGGACCCGUACGAUUGCGAGAAGAUCAUAGACCAGAGUGUUUACAUGCACACCCUGAUUGUGGGUCUGGCUUGUAUACCCACGUCACUGUGGUUGCCGUUGUGUGUACACAAACUUGGAGCUAAGUUCUUCUUGAUAUUCUCCCUCGGCUUUGCUGGCCUAGUCACAGUGGGCCUCUUCUUCGUGCAGAACUCAACUCAAAACUUGGUAUUGUCAUGUAUCUUCGAAGCUCUGACGUCACUCGCCAUCUCUCUCGUCUUUUGUGUGCUGGUAGAUCUAUUCCCUACGAACCUCAGGGUAAUGGCAGCAGCACUCUCAUUAACAGCGGGUCGAGGUGGUGGUCUCAUCGGCAACUUGUCGUUCGGCUACCUCAUAGACAUCAACUGCGUCAUACCAAUUGUAGUGUUCGCGGCUUUCUUGUUCAUUGCCGCGAUCCUCUGCUUCCUCUUGCCAAAGACAGGACAAGAAGCCCUCGAUUAAGCGAGUACCAACCUAGUGCAAUUAGACCGGCCAUACUCGACCUUUUUACCUCAUUCUACAAAUCUAUAAAGUUUUUGGGGUAAAAGCCACUUUUUGGCGGCUGCGCAAACGCAAGUCGAGCAUGGACCGAUUAGACUGUCUGUAGUGAACCAUGUGAAAUGUACAUAUUAGGAUGUAAACUUCGUGGCCUAAGUAUUAUUUAUUGUCCGUAAUGAUAAAUGGCGCAGUUACUGUGAUUCAGUACAAAUUAUUGAAGAGCAGAUAAUAAUGUAAGAUUGAACAACAGUAUUUUAAUGUUGACUUUGUAAUAUAAUGCCCUUAAAUUAUUAAUAUAUUUAUUAUUAAAGGUUAUUUCGCCUAUUAAUA